CUCUGUUUACCUAAUCUAGGAAAUUAAAUUGAUGCAACUGGACUAAAUGCUAGGCAUCCGUGUUUUGAGGUUACAAGCUAGCAACUCUGGACUUAAUAAUGUGUACCACCAGGCGCUUUCACGAAACAAAAGCACCAAGACGAAGAAGGACAACCUGGCGCGUCAGGGCAAAAUAUUUAGCUCGUUGUUCGGAAAUCGUCUAAAGGGCAGCAAUAGCCGUUGGUACCCAUCGCCCGAUGCAAAUGCUCCAAGUAGCACUGGAUUCCAAAAGUCGAAUCACGCCUUAAAGUUCGGAACACCCCAUUCGCACUCCGCCCCGGACAACCAUCGCCGCAUGUCCGUUCUGAACAAGGUGUUCAUGACCAACAUAACGGAUAUUUUGGCCAACGGCGCAGUGGCCGAUUCGAUCGUUGGCCACGGGGUGCAGAUUUCGUAUGUGAAAAUCACCAGUGACUUUACACGAAUCAAUGUGUAUUGGCUGGGCAAAGAUGGGCAGGCGAACGAUGUGAUCGAGGAGAAGCUGAAUCGUUUGAGCGGCCAGCUGCAGCAUGAGCUGGCACAGCUGCAUCUUAUGGGCGAAGUUCCCCGGAUAAGAUUUGUCCAUGACAAAACGAGCAGCGGUCUUUAUCACGUCCACGAAGUGCUCACAAAGCUCGAUCAGUAUAAAUACUAUAAAUCUAGCCCAAAUAGCUAUACGGAACCAAAAGAAAUGGUUGCGGAGAGCUGCUCUCCAGCCACAGACAAGGCUAUUGAAUGGCCUGAGAUGCGACAGGAUUUCCUAAAUUUAAACCAAAGCUUAGUUAUGGAUAAGAUCCUCGGCAAGAUGCGCAAGUUCAAAGAGGCCUGGGCUCAUCACAAGCAACACGUUUCCAAGAUAGACUCUUAGUUUCAAUUUAAAUUACAAUAUAAUUGUCGACAAUAUAUGUAUAUAUAUAAUUAGAAAAUCACAAAUAAUAUUUUCUCGUUUAAAAAGGCGGUUGGGCUUAAAGUUAUUUCAAUAUUUUUGGGCAAU